AUGUGUCAACCAUCUCACCGCCUGGUGGCUUCUUUGUCCACAUCGCCAGAAACAUCGACGUCAAUUAGAUACUAUUUUAAUGGUGCUCAAAGUGCUACUUCUACACAUGUUGAUGGUGCUUUGGUGACAUGGAAAGGAAGUGACAGGGAGUACAAUAAUACGUUGGGUUUGUUGAAGUUUAUUGAUUUAUCCAGCAAUCAGUUGGUUGGCCAAAUCCCAAGUGAGAUUAUACAUCUUGUUGGAUUGUAUUCCUUAAACGUUUCAAGAAACAUGUUGACUGGGAAGAUCCCUUCUGGUAUUGGACAAAUGAAAUCAUUGGAAGCUCUUGAUCUAUCCAGAAACUUCUUGUCUGGUGGUAUUCCAAUAAGUCUUUCAGAAAUAAGUUUUCUUGGUGUGCUAGAUUUGUCCUUUAAUGAUUUAUCUGGAAAAAUCCCAACAGGGACCCAGAUUCAAACUUUUGAUGCCACUUCCUUCAUGGGAAACUCAGAACUUUGUGGAAAACCUCUUCCAAAAAAUUGUCCUGAAGAGCACACGAAUAAUGAUGGUCACAUUUAUGGUAAUGACAAGGAUGAUGAUGGUGAAUUUCCUGAUGGAGGGUUUUAUAUUAGUAUGUCACUCGGUUUUAUCGUUGGACUUUGGGGACUGUGGGGCACCUUACUAUUGAAGAGGUCUUGGAGGGUUGCUUAUUUCAGCUUCUUGAGCAAUAAACAACGAUGGCUCUAUGAAUUCGCCGCAACAAGAAAGGAAAACCUUCAAAAGAGGCUCAAACAUUUUAAGGAGAUUCUUCUUUUCACAGUUUCCAUUCCCAAACAAACCAAACAUCCUGAUGAGAACAAAUAUCACAACGAUGGUCAGUGCAGUGACGAAACUGGCCAUUCAGCAAAGUACUGCUAUCAAAUCCCAUUGAAUGCCUCAGAUCCCUCUUCAUUCACACUUUACCCAUGGUUCAUGGAUGACUCAGGGGACAAAGCAACUGAAGAAUAUUUAAAUGAAUCUCUCAAGUCUCCUUCUGGGGGAUUAGGAAAUGGUUCAGGAGAAAUAUGGAGAAUGUAUCAAGCACUUGCACUAACAAAGACAAGCCCAAAAAAGUAGAAGAGGAACCACAUGACUUACUAAGUUGGCCCAAAUUGAUGGGAAGAUUCACCUUGAUUUUGAUGAGACAGGUGAGCCAACUGAUAGGAAAAAAGGAAAUUUUUUUAAAAGUUACAUUGGACUUGUAGCGCGUCAAAAGAUUAGCAUCUUGGAGGAUGAAUGAGAUAAUGUAAAAGAAAGUGAAAGAGAUGAAGUUUGGCACAUUAUACAGAUUACUUAUGACAUACCUUACACUUUCAAGCACAAGUGGCUUUAUAUGCUGCAAGUCGAUGGAGGGAUUUCAAAUCUAAACUUACAAGAGAUUACGUGUUUCCCAAAGUUGACAGUGAAAAUGAAGAUGGUAGUGACAAUGAUACCAACAAACAACAACCAUGGGAUAAGUAUCCUUUCAUUGAUUACGAGACAUGGAUAAAAUUUGUUGAAAGUAGAUAUGAUCCCAAAUUUUUGGAAAAAAGUAAAAAAGGUCAAGAGCGUUGCAAGAAAAACCCAUACAAUUAUACCAUGUCUCGAGGAGGAUAUAAACAUGUUUAUGAUAUAAUGCUUCAGGAGAAAUGGGAAGCUAAAAAACAAGCAAUAGGGGUUGAUGAUAUUAGAAAUAUUUCCCCUCCAUCUCCUAUUAGUCGUGCUGAAGUGUGGAAGAGAGGGCGAAUGAAUAAAAAGGGAAAGUUUAUUUCUAGUGAAGCUAGAGAAGUGGCUGCGAAGAUUGAUUCUCUUACAGAAGCAGCCUUUCAGGGGACCUUUACAUCUACUAGCAGGAAGGAUAUACUAACCAUAGCCUUAGGGAGUGAAGAGCAUCCCAGCUGUGUUAAGGGAGUUCCAAAAGGUGUGGGUAUAAGACAAUAUUUUGGACUACCACCCUUUAAUAGUGUGCCAAUACACCAAGUGGAAAAGAUGAUAGUGGAAUGCAAAUCAAGUUUGAUGAUGGAAAUGUAAUCAAUGAUCAGUUCCAUGCAUAUGCAAUCUCAACAAGCACAAAAAGUGGUGGUGUUCUACAACUAGAGCGAUGCAAACAGUAGGAUAAGCUCAACAAACUUUUAUUAUUUGGUUGAGAAGGCUUAUUCAACAAGUUACUGAAGAGGAACUUCAACAAUCAAAAGAAUCACUGGGUUUCAAUCUCCAACCGAUUCGAGAUGACUUGAAACAGUUAGCUUCUAUGAUUGUUGACAUGAAUGAAUUUAUUGAUGAAAUACAAGUAAGUGAGGACAUUGUUGGGAAGGAUAUUACUUUUCAAGUCACCAGAAAUGAUAUUAAUGCUCUCGUUAUUAUGGAGUGAUUGGAUGUAUCAAUAAUACAAGUUUUUAUCAUUUGGGAAACUGAAUUAAAAAGCAUCUUAUAUUGGAAGUGCGAUGAAUAAGCUAAAGAAGAGGUGUUUUUUUGCACCAAUUAUUGAAAGAAAUCAUUGGAUGCUUCCUAUUAUCUAUCCCCGUGAAAAUACUAUAUAUUGGUUUUGUUCAUUACAAUGGGAAGUAAGCGACAAUAUGAAGUUAUUGUUUGAAUCAUCUUUACAUCGUUAUUGGAGGAUGGGGGAUAUAGUUGACAAGAAAAAAAAUGAAAUCAAGUGGGUGUAUAUACAAUGUGCUCGACAACCAGGAAGUGUCGAGUGUGGUUAUUAUGUGAUGAUUUUCAUGUACGAAAUCAUCACUCAAGGCAUUACCCACUCAUUUGAUAAGGUGAAGAGAGCACAGGUAGGCUAAGAAAGGAAGCGAGGAAAGAGUAGCCUCGAUUGGUUGUGGUAUGACUACCAUUUGUGUAAAUGAAUGUAUAAUAAGUUGUUAUAGUUAAGUUGCCAACUAGGAUGCAUAAAUGCGUGUGAA